AUGCCGAGGGCUAGUUCAGAUGAAGGCAGUCUAGACCGGCGAGCGCGAGAUAUCAACACCGUUCUAACCGAAGCGACGCAGAAGCAGACACGUCAAGACCCUCGCGAUGCGUGGCAGCCGAUCUACGAGAUGCUUCUGGGAAUAAAACCUGGGAGCAAGAGUGACGCAGGUAUCAAUGCGGCUCAGAUUGCGGGUAUUUUGGCUUCACCGAAGAAGCGACGUAAGAAGACGAAGAUGCCUGGUGUUUUCACCUCUUUUAGGAUUGAUAACCUCAAGUCGCACUUGAAGACGCAACAUCCUAAGCGCUGGAAGGAGUACAACGCGCUCCCUAAAGAUGAAAAAGUGCGCGCAAAGUACUUCAUUAAGGAAAUGCCCAUUUCCUCGUAUCUGACCCAACCUUCUUUUGAAGUGCGGGUGCCAGCGGGUGUGAUGGCUUUGCUGAAGUGCUUGUAUUUUGACGAUGGACACACAAGUCUGGACCCGCAAUUCAUCGAGUGUGACAACGGAGAUUGCAUCGUUCAAGUUGCAGAUCGCGACCAAUUUGAAGUCAUCGUGGAGUGUAUCUCGAACUCUGUAAGCUACCGCAGCACCUCGGAGCUGUUUGUCGUGUUUGGCGUGCGAUUGAUGAAUAUGAAGCUCGGGAAGCCAUCUGAGAAGGUGGUUCGCGAUUCGGUUCGGCUAUUGACGGUCAUCAAUCUCACCGCUUUUGCAGAGAUUUUUAAGCACGUAUGGGGCUUUUCGAUCAUCGUUGAUGGAGCUACACACCAAGAUCGAGGCUACCUCGACAAGCUUAUUGGGAUAUCUUCCGACGGCGCGGCCAACAUGCUGGGUUGUAACAAUGGGUUUUCCAAGAAUCUAAACCUGAUCAUGAACCAAUUGCUGAUGGUUUUUGACAGCUAUGUUGACUUUCGCUCGACCCUAGGCUCGAAGAUUUCUUUCACGCAUACGCACGAGUCUGUCAAACAACGAGUCGGGAGUUGUCCUCACUAUGCUGAAACCCGCUGGGAUUCCAUCUAUGAGUCCUGCAAGUUCUUGACACUCAACCGCAACGCCUUGGUUGCGCUGCAAAAUGACAAGCAUCGCUCGCUUUCGAGCAGGUUGUGGUGGAUCGUUUUGGCUGUGGUCACGGAUCUCGCGCGCUCAGCCAAGUUAUGCUUUGAGCAACUGCAGUACAAACACGUCACGGUAUCUGAGCAGUACGCGGCCCUCAAAAAGCUCGCGACAACGCUUCAGAACCGAUUUGAGGAGAACGGCCCCGACGGAAAGCCAUGCAUAAGUGACGUGAAGACUGAGUUCGAGAUAUGUAAGGCGUCAGCGUUCUCAGGUGGACUCUACGAGAUGCUUGAUGUCCCGAGCCAGUUUGACUUGGUUCUUGUAGUUCGUGACGCUGUACAAGAAUUUAUUGACGGAGUUCUGGGCAUUACGUUGUCCGUCGAGGACACAGUAUACGCCAUGACGACUCCUAAAGAGAUUGCUCUCAUCACUCAUGGCGCGUUUGCCGAGUUAUUUAGCAGGCAUGAAGACCGACUUACCAGGCACGACAAGGCCGAGAGCAACAAUGCGCUGCGGGUGACGGCGGACGGCCACGCGGACGCCCGCCAACGGAAGGAGCUGCCUCACAAGGACGGCAUCCGAGUGUACAAGGAGCGGUCGGCGACGCACUCUGCGACCGGCCCCACGUUGCCCUGCAUCCCGUCGCUGCUGCUGCUCGGCUCGGUCGUGGGCAAGCUGGAGGACGUCAUGUUCGUGGCGGCGGCCGCCCACGUUGCCCUGCAUCCCCUGGAGGACGUCAUGUUCGUGGCGGCGGCCGCGACCGACGAGCAGCUGAAGCUCACGUCCAAGUGUCUGCAGGAUAGCGUGCUCGAGAGCAAAGUGGUGCAGUCCGUCGUGGCUCCGAGCGAGGAGCAGCCGUUCCGACACGUCGGCGUCAAGUGGCGGCUGCACAACAACGCGCGCGACUUUGUGUGCGUGGAAGCCACAGGCUUCGCCACGAGCAGCAAGGGUGAGCAGGUCGGCUUCAGCAUCUCGCACUCGGUGGCGUUCUCGCAGAUCCCGAGCUUCGACAAGUUCGGCGUCGAGCGCGCCAACAUGUCGCUGUGCUGCCUGUUCCGCAAGAAGACACCCGAGCUCGUCGAGUGCUACGCGCGCGGCUUCUACGACUUCCGCAGCGACAGCAACGAGCUCAUGAACAGUCUGUCGGUCAACGCGGUGGCCACGCAAUGGCUCAGCGUCUCCAGGAUCAUUGAAUGCGCAGAGAUGAAGAAGCUCGUGUGGCGUUUGCGCAAGAACUCGGGCCUCCCUCAACGGACCGAUGACCAUCGAGCCGCCUCUUUCCGAGCCAUCUUCGAGCACGGGAACCCGCUUCAUCGCGCUGCUGCCACAUACUGGUUCAAAGAAGGCGACACCACGACGAGCUCGGCCACGAUGAUGUAUCUCGUCAACCAGGACGCCCCAGCACGCCCCGCCAGCAGCGAUGACUUUGCCUGCAUGUCUUCGACUCAAAACAGCGAGCAAAUUGAGCCGAUCUCUUCUCCCACAAAGUCGAUCUGCUCAAAAAGCCUUGCGUCCACGUCCACUGCGUAG